CAGCCGCCGUGGGCGCUAAGAGGGCAGGUGAUGCGGGGAUCCCGUCGCCUGCGAAGAGGGCGGCGGCCGCGGCGGCCUCGCCGGCCGCUGCCUUUGGCGCGCCGCCCGCCGCUGCCUCUGGCGCGCCGCCCGCCGCUGCCUCUGGCGCGCCGCCCGCCGCUGCCUCUGGCGCGCCGCCGGCCCUGCGCAUCGCGCAGCUCCUCGAGACGGACCAGUCGAUGCAGCAGGGUCACGUCAAGGAGUGGGUGCGCCAAGUGAAGCACCACGUCGACCAUAGUUUGCUCUGCUUCCUGGGGCAGCGCAAGCGCGAGGUGUCCUUCGCGGUGCCCGCCAAGUGUUCUUUGAUUCCGCAGUUGGCCAUCACUGAUGCUGCCUCUGGCGCAAACCUCAGUUCGUUUCGCGAGGUCAUGGGCUACGACAACCUGGUUGCGAGCUUCUCCCGCACAAAGGAGUGCGAGGCAGCGGGGACGGCGUGGAUGUUGCUCGAGGGUGCCAUGGGCAUGUGGUCGGAGGAGGCGCACUCCCUCUCCUCCAAGCACGCGCCCUCGCGGCGCCUCUCCUUCGACGCGCCUAUCCCCGCCUUGGUGGUCGACGUCGAGGUCGGCCAGCGGUUUGAGCCUAACAAGCCUGGAGCUUGCUUGACAGAGGCUCUGGUCAUGCUCGCGGGGCGCGCGGUGGCCAUCACGUGGAUGCGUUUGCUGCCUGGUGGCGACGCGGCCCACUUGGCCGCUCUGGCAUUUUCAGAGAAGAUGUUCUCUGCGUGUGCUGCCUCUGGCGCUGAGUCCUUCUGGCGGUUUGCAGAAGAAACGCGCCGCUUGACCAACGUGGAGAACUGUUUCGCCAAGCAGGAACCAGUGUCGAAGCUGGAGGCUGCGCUGAAGGCCUACGGCCUCCAGUUCAAGGAAAAGCGGCAUUUUCCAGAGCUUCGCGACCCUGCGCUUCUCAUGGCGAUCGGCUUCGCCUGCUCCACGAGGGGUGGUUCUGACGCCAAGGCCAGGGAAUUGCUCGUUUUCAUCGUGAGCAGUUUCCGCGUGGUCCGCUUGGCGGGCGACGUCCCGAAGGUCGAGCAACUGGUCGCGAGCCAGGUCGUCUGGCGCGAUAGGAAGACGCCAGGGAUGCCCCACGCGCUCUUCAAGAAAAAGGAGCUCGUCGAGUACAUCUUUCACGGGGCGUUUCUCAUGAACAAAAAAGUGGGGAACGACAUGGCGGCAUUUAAGACGCCUCUCCACAUCCUCCAGAAGUUCGCUGCCCUUGGCGAGGAUGGGCUCGUGGCUUCGCACCGCGCGUCCGACUCAGGCGGCGGCGCCGACGGGAUGGAGACAUUGUCUGCGCUCCCCGUGGCUGAGCAUCGGAACAUCGUGGAUGUCGCGACGAAGGCGAUGAUCGACGUCGCGUGGCCUCUGUGGUCGAGCGCUUUCGACGACGAAAUUGCCGAGCUUGCCCAGCAGCGGUUGCAGGACAGCCCCACUGGGUUCGUCUGGCACACGUACCUCACCGAGACCAGCCAGGGCGUUGGUGCCAAGUACCGCGCCUUCGUGGCCGCGUGCGCGGGCGGGCCCAUCACCGCCAGCCCCGAUGAGGAUGCAAACCUCGGCUUGUUGGGGAUGUCCGAGCUCGGGGACGAGCAAAAGGCACAGCUCCAGAAGCUCCGGGAGCAGCUCAAGCAGCUCCGCAGGAAAACUGUGAAGUUCGUCAGUUUGCCGUCUGUCGGCGGUGCCUCUGGCUCGGAGUACGCAGUGGCGCAGAUGCAAAGCUUGUGGGGUGCGCUCAGCCUCGGGCACCGCUUCGGGAGGAAGAAGAAUGCGAGGGUGAACAAGCAGAUGGCGUGCGACGAGGCGAAGUUCAAGCGCGUCAUCGAGUUCUUCUUGCAGAAGAGGCAGAAGGAUGAUGUCCUCAUCUUCCUCGACGGCAGGAGCCGCGCGAAUCGCAGGGCACUUGGGCACCUCGAUGCGAAGUUGGAGUCAGGAGGCAUCCGCGCGCACGUCGAGUGCUGGUUCGUGCACGAGCAACCGGCGAAGAAGGUGGACCCGCGGUCCGCGGCCAGGGCGUCGAGCUACACGAAGAACAACAGGGAGACAGCCAUUCUCUCGAUGCCACUCAAGGGCCCGCCGCGGAAAGUGCUGCACCGUGCGGAGUUCAACGCGUGCGGCGAGUACAGCGGCAUCCCAAUGCGGCGCUUCUCCGAGCUCCCUCGCAUGGACCGCGAGACGAAGAUGAGCAUCUUGGGAGCUGCAUCUCGCGCUAGCGUUGACGGGAAGCAACCGCGCCUGCAGGGGGACAUCGGCUCGAAGGGCCACCCGUUCUCGCACACCGAGGUGAAGCCGCUCAGCUUGUGGCAGACUCUCGUGGAGCACCGCAAAGUGACCCACGUCGUGGACUUCACUCCAGGUUCUGGCGCUUUGGCUGUUGCUGCCUCUGGCGCAAUUGGGUGCGAAGGCAUCGCUGCCGACGAUGCGCGCCGGGACUGGCUCGAUUCCAUCGUGGACAGGCGCGCGAUGUACAGGGCGGGCCACGAGGAGGGGCACGCGGAGCAAUUGGGCGGCGACGCCGAGUUCGUCGAGAAAGCCAGCAAGCAUUUCAGCGGAACCAUGAUGGAGGCGAAACGUCUGUUGAUGCCAGUGGCCGAGGACGGCGAGGAGGAGGAGGAGGAUGGCGCGAGCUCGGACGACGAGUAG